CAAUUAUUUUACUAGUGUUUGACCUUCAAGUGCUCAGCAACCUCCAACAGUGGACGAUAACCCUGAAGCGUUGCCGUGUGUGUUCAGAUGUCUUUUGGUGAGAAACAUUGAUUCCUCGUGUAUUUAGAUGCAUGGUAGAUUAAUCGAACUAUAUUUAGGCAAAAAGUAGAUAAUUCAGUGCAUACUUAAGCGAGAAUUAAAUAAUUCGGCGACAUUUCAAACAUAAAGCGAAGAGAAGGGGGGAUUUUGCCCAAUAUCCCCUCGGCAGGCCAAAGACACUUAUCGCGCGUUCCCCAUUCCCCCUAUUAGCCUUUGCUUCCUCUUCGGUUUCUUGGGAAGGCUUACACCUUAUUGACUACGUAACAUAUGGUACGUAGAAACUCGACCUCUCAACUUCAGAGCGAAUUUCUCCAAUUUAAGGGGGGUUCCAUCAAAAAUUUUAAAGACAUUCUAUGGAAGAUGCUGUUAAAAACCUAAUUAUUCUCUUGUCUACAGAUCCCGUGUGAUUUCCCUCCUUAUAUUUUAACGCUGUUCCUGCAAAAGUUUUUCAGACUUCCGGGUAACCUAAGAAUUUUCAGCUAGUUUGGAGAAAACAAAAGUUUUUGUGAUCCUAACGAAAACCCCAUGAUGCACCUAUCACAUCGAACUAGUGUAUAGUACAAAUAAAAUGGAAAACAUUUGUAUAACUCCAUCAUGUGGCAAACCGUCUACUCUAAAGUGCCCUGUGUGUCGUGAUUUGGGGAUUGAAACGUCGUUCUUCUGUUCACAAGAAUGUUUCAAACAGUUUUGGAAAACACAUAAAGCAAUACACGUUGUCGGUACCGAAGAUACGUGUGAAGAUGAUCGCUUCAUCGGAUAUAAAUUUACAGGUCAAUUACGACCUGCUAAAAAAACACCUAAACGAGAAGUGAAGAGUUCCAUUGAAUUCCCAGACUACGCCAUCACAGGGAUUCCCAUUUCAGAACGCCAAGCGAAAAGUUCCCGUAGUAUUGUUGCUUUGGACGACGAUGAAAUUGAAUGCAUGCGUGUUACAGGAAAGCUUGCCCGUGAAGUUUUAGAGGAAGCAGUAAAAGCAGUCAAAGUUGGUGUAACGACUGAUGAAAUCGAUCGAGUUGUACAUGAGGCAUGCAUUGAACGUGAAUGUUAUCCUUCUCCACUAAACUAUUUCAAUUUUCCGAAGUCAUGUUGUACAUCGGUUAACGAAGUGAUCUGUCAUGGAAUACCAGAUAUGCGACCUUUACGAAAUGGCGAUAUUUUGAAUAUUGAUAUUACCACAUACCACAAUGGAUUUCAUGGUGAUGUGAAUGAGACAGUGUUUGUAGGUCAACCAGAUAAUCGUUCAGUUAAUCUAGUGAAAAAUGCUUACAAAUGUUUGGCUAGAUCUAUGGAUGCUGUUCUUCCAGGUGUUAAAUAUCGUGAAAUGGGAGAUAUAAUUUCAAAAAACGCUUCACUUGGUGGAUUUUCUGUUGUCAAGACUUAUUCAGGUCAUGGAAUACAUCGGUUAUUUCAUUGUCCUCCAAAUAUUCUUCACUAUUCACGUAAUAAGGCAGUCGGUGUCAUGAAACCGGGACAUUGUUUCACUAUUGAACCAAUGAUAAAUGAAGGCGAUUGGAAUGAUGAGUUAUGGCCAGACAAUUGGACUGCAGUAACCAGGGAUGGUUCAAGAUCAGCUCAGUUUGAACAUACUAUGGUUAUUUUAAAACCAGAAUUAGCCAUCUCGAAUGGAAUGGCAAUUGAAGUAUUAACUAAACGUCGUAUCAUUGGUACUGAUCCAUUAAAUGGAUGUAAAUUCAAUGAAGAAGAUGCUUUACAUUUUGAACGUUAUGGUAGACCUUAUUUUGUAGAUCAAUUGUACAAAUUAGGUUUAAAUACUGAUUGUACAGUGUUUAAAGGUAUAUCUAAAAAUUAGACAAUUUAUAAAACUUUCAAAAUUUGAAGAAAUCCAAUCUCUUUCAUAUUAAGCGAAUGCUUUUACGCUUUUUGUGUACGAAUGAUCUGAGUAGAAGAAAAGAACAGUAUUCAAAAAUAAUACUUCUUUUGUGA